CCCCUUUUUCUGACCGGGAACACCGGCAAAAACGCAAAGAAUUCUCCUUCUUUUUGUUCUAGGGUUGGAAGUGAACCCAGAAAUCCCCUCCCUUCUGCAGAUUUUCGGAAGUGCUCUGUCCUUUCCGCGAGUAGCUCUUACUGGUGGAGUGCUUCCUGGUUUUCUGGUAAGGGAACGAAUAAGAAUCAUCCCUUUAGCCUUAAUUCAAGUUGGGUUACUCUGAUUGUGUUGUGGGUUCUUGAAUUUUGAGGUUUGCUGUGAGUUCCUCCAAUUCUCUCCCUGUCGGCUUCCUUCCCAGCCGGGACCCGGUGCUGCUCGCCGGAGUUUCCUGAAUUAUGGGAUGAUUUUGGGUAGCAUAAAACAUGUUUUAAGCUUGGUUGAGGUAGAAAUUUCUUGAUUUAGUUGCUGUGUGGUUUAUAGGGAGAAGAUCCCGUGUGUGUGAGUUGUGGUUUGCCAAGCCAUGCUCUCCAUGUGUUGCCCGUGAGUAAAUGGGAGAAUUUGAUGUGGUAUUAUGGGGGUUAAGUACCAGCUAUUGGGAAAGGAUUAAAUGUGUUGUUUUAGAUGGGUAUUAAUUUUGGGAAAUGUUUUGAUUAGGUACUGAUUAUUCUGCACUCUAGCACUUGGGAUUAGUGUUCUGUUGGUGUGAGUGAGGUAGUGAUACCCGACACAUAGGGAGCCGGGGGAGUGACGAGCUAGACGGCUAGGCGUUAUUUGGGACUUAGAUCUUUUGGAGUUAAGCUGCUAGUCUCACAUGGUUGAUAGAAAUAACCAUUUUUGUUUACAAAGUUCCCUUGGUUAUAGCCAUAACUGUUUACAAAUUUUGUAUGUCUGGAAUGGUAAAAUUUUGGUAAUGAAAAGUUAGAUUUUACUUGAGUUUCAGAAUUGAAUUAUUCGAAUUGGAAACUAAGAACUUACAUGCCUACUUGAAAGUGAUUGUGAAUUGUCCUGAUGAUUUGAAAGUGAUAGUGAAUUGUGAUUUUUCUGUUAACUUCUGCCUGUUUUGUCUCCGAUAUGGUCAUGUUAUUCGCGUGCCCGCUAGUGGGAGGUUUAUAAACGCUAGCACAUGUCGACAUGUUAUUGAUAGAACCGGUUCGUUUCUGUUAUCUUGCUAGUGGGAUUAUACACUAGUAAAUCGUGUGCCUGUCAGUGGGAGGUUUAUAACAUUGGCCGUGACCUAUAAAGGAGACGUCUAUUUCGUUCCCGUACUGUAUCCGUUUUGCGUGAAUGCACAUGUGGCAUGCUAUAAGUUUAAAUAAGGGGCACUCCAUAUUUACUUACUGAGUUUAUCUCAUAGUUUUCCUUGUCCACCAUUUCAGGAUAUGAAACCGAGGACGAGGAAACCACGAGAAGUGACGAGUUAGAAAGCUAGCCAUAUUGUAAUUGGAUAUAAAUUUUAGAUAUGAAUCAUGAUCUUGUAUUUGGAGAUUUUAUGAUAUUAGAGAGAAUUUUAUAAUUUGAUCUUCAGAUUUUGAUGGUAUCAGAGUGUGAAUGUGAUAAGUUCCGAGCCUUGUGCAUUUGUGGGACCCGUCUCACGAGUGCACGGCGUCUGUCGCGUCUCGAAAUUGGGUUUUGGGGCGUGACAGUUACAGAGACGUUAGAAACUAACCCAUACGAAGUCCAUGACAAGCAGCAGGUAAUGGACGUUGAAAUCCUCGAUAACCAACUUGAAGACAAAACCCGAGCUGCCCCAGUUAAAGAUGUUAAGGAAGUACAAAUUGAUGACAGAGAUCCGAACAAAAAAACCCAAAUAGGAACUCAUUUGAAACAGGAAGACAAAGCUAAGCUGAUAGCAUUCCUCCGAGCCAACAAAGAUGUUUUUGCCUAGACCUUUGUAGACAUGUUGGGAGUUCCUACCUCUGUAUCUAUGCACAAACUUGGCACAAAUCCCUUGAAAAAGCCAGUUGCAUAGAAACAACACCUUUUUGGAGGGGAGAGACUUAAGGUGAUCAAAGAGGAAGUAGAAAAGCUUUUACAAGCAGGUUUCGUUAGAAGAGUCAACUAGUGUGAGUGGAUUGCCAAUCUAGUGCUGGUCAAGAAAUCCAAUGGCAAAUG